GUGUCCUCCUUUAUGUUGCGGGAAACAUGGCAUUGAGUUCCAUUGGCUCCACCAGGAGGUAUACACCAGUUUUGGGGUAAAACAAAGAUAUCCUUUGUUCUUCCUCCUCUCCCUCUAACUCAAAGUUGUGGCUUCUGUUUUUGGACUUCCUCUUCUCGUAUUCGUGUUCUCUCACUUCCACACACGAGCGCAGAAGCUUAGAGAUGUUGCUGCGUUGGAAAAUUUUGGUACUUUCGAUAGUGGAAUUUUAGAUUGAUGUAUUUUUGAUAAAUAGCCUUAUUUCAUUCAAGGAGGAUGCGCCGAUGAAUAUUCUCGAAAGCUUUGAUAUAACUAUGACCGGAGAGGUUUUCUCUGCUUCCUGAUCAAGUGAUUGCACCGGCAUGGACUUGUUUUAAGAGUGCCUCAGCUGUUCAUCAAAUCAUGAAAUGAAGUGAAGAUACACCCAAGAAGGAUGAAGUUGUUUUUCACGUUUAUUCUGUUGGCGUAUCUUGAUUCAUAUGUCACAUCUGAUAGUCAACGUGAUGCAUUAUUUGACAUGAAGCUUAGCCUUAAUGCCUCGGACAAUCAGCUGCCCAACUGGAAACAAAAUCAAGUUAGUCCUUGCACAUGGAAUUUUGUUACUUGUAGCGGCAACGUGGUCACUGAAGUAACAUUGGCUUCUUUUGGAUUCACUGGAACCUUGUCACCCAGAAUUGGGGACUUAACAUAUUUGCAAGUAUUGUCGUUACAGAACAAUAACAUAACUGGAGGAAUUCCUAAGGAGUUUGGAAAUUUGUUAAGCUUGACAGAAUUAAGCCUGGAAAACAACCGUUUGACCGGACAGAUACCAACAUCUCUUGGAGAUCUUCCGAAGCUCCAAAUUCUGGAUCUUAGUAAGAACAACUUCAGUGGAAGCAUUCCUGAUUCUUUUUCAGGUCUUUCAAAGUUGAACAACAUUAACCUAGCAUUCAACAAUCUUGCUGGCCAGAUACCCGAUCGGCUCUUUCAAGUUGUCAAAUACAAUUUCUCAGGUAACCAUCUAAAUUGUGGUGAAAACUCUUCAAAUUCUUGUGAAUCCAAUGUAGCCGAUCACGGAGGAACCCACAAGUCUAAAGUUGGGGUAGUACUUGGAAGUACCGGUGGAGUAAUAGGGUUUCUUACAAUGGGGAUUCUGCUUCUUUUAUGGAAGAGAAACAGAAUGCAUUCUAAGCGUGAAAUUUUUGUCGACGUUCCAGGCGAAGAUGACCGCAAGAUUGCAUUCGGGCAGCUAAAAAGGUUUGCUUGGCGAGAACUGCAAAUUGCCACUGACGACUUCAAUGAGAGAAAUGUUCUUGGGCAUGGAGGUUUCGGAAAGGUGUAUAAAGGAGUACUCGCAGAUAAUAGGAAAGUUGCUGUGAAAAGAUUCACUGACGUAGAAAGCUCUGGCAGGGAAACUACUUUUCUGCGUGAAGUUGAGUUGAUAAGUGUUGCGGUUCAUAGAAAUCUCUUGAGAUUGAUUGGGUUUUGUACAACGCCCACAGAGAGACUUUUAGUAUAUCCUUUUAUGGAAAACCUGAGUGUCGCCUACCGUUUACGAGAGUUUAAACCAAACGAGCCAGUGUUAGACUGGGCAACAAGAAAACUAGUGGCUCUGGGAACGGCUCGCGGUUUAGAGUACCUCCACGAACACUGCAACCCCAAAAUCAUCCACCGUGAUGUGAAAGCUGCGAAUGUCUUACUUGACGAGAACUUUGAGGCGGUUGUCGGGGACUUUGGGCUGGCGAAAUUGGUGGACGUAAAGAUGACAUCUGUGACCACAAAAGUUAGGGGUACUAUGGGCCACAUAGCUCCUGAAUAUCUAUCCACCGGCAAGUCAUCGGAGAAGACUGAUGUUUUCGGCUACGGAAUCAUGCUCCUCGAGCUCGUCACAGGGCAGCGCGCCAUUGAUAUUUCUCGACCUGAGGAGGAUGAUGUUCUACUGCUUGACCUUGUGAAGAAGCUGCUGAAGGAAGGACGGGUCGAGUCCAUUGUCGAUCGCAAUUUGAGCAACAACUAUGAAAUCGAGGACGUAAAUACAAUGAUUCAGAUUGCUCUUCUUUGCACGCAAGCUUCGCCAGAGCAGCGGCCGACUAUGUCAGAAGUUGUCCGGAUGCUUGAAGGGGAAGGACUCGCCGAGCGGUGGGAGGAGUGGCAACAUGAAUUUGCUCGCAAGCAGGAUCAUGAUAGAAUGCAGUGGAGAGUAAACUGGGGAGAGGACUCCAUGUCUCACCAGGAAGCUAUUGAAUUGUCUGGUGGGAGAUAGGAAUAAAUUUUAGAGGCAAGGAAAUUGUACUGUAAAGUGUUUUUCUUUUUUUCUCAUCUGAGGGAUGGAAAGUAAUGUGAUUAAAUUGGAUGACACUAUAUUUCAGAGGUUAUGUCAUUGCACAUCUAACUUCAUCAGAGGUUAUGUCAAUUAUGCUACUUAGAGGUA